AUGUCAUCCUCUUCAGCCUGCUUUGCUUUGGACCACCUCUCCCCACCGCCCUCCGAGCAGCUCUGUUACGUCCAUUGCAACUUUUGCGACACUGUCCUCGCGGUAUAGUGCUAUUCGCCCUAUUUCAUUCCCCAACUUCCUAUUCUUCUACUUCCUCUUAUCUCUCUCUCCCCAUUCCCCCCCCCCUUUCUUCUUCUUCUUCUUAUUCUCCCUCAACCCUUGUGGUUUUCAGGUGAGUGUUCCCUGCAGCAGCCUAUUUAAGACGGUCACUGUGAGAUGCGGGCACUGCACCAAUCUUCUCUCAGUAAACAUGAGGCCGCUCUUGCUGCCGGCCGCCAACCAGCUUCACUUCGCCAGCCCCUUCUUUCCCCCGACUAGCCAGAGCCUUCUGGUAAUAACCUAAAAAUGCUUCUAAUCGAUUAUGUUUGUAGUUGCUGAAUCAUGUUUCUGAUGAGCAAACGUUGGCUUCGUGGGACUUCUCCAGGACGAGCUAUCAUGCCCACACCUGCCGUUGCUGCUGGAUCAACCCCUCGUCAACAAUGAGGCCAUGGUCCCCGUAAAAGGGUCUCAGGAUAUAAUCGCGCAGCCUCCUCCUAUUAACAGACGUGGGGGCUUGUUCUUCACCUCCUCCGUCAUCCUUUAUUCUCCGAUUCGUUGUUUCUAGGCUUUCGUCAGCAGUUACUGAUGAUUUCGGUUGCCCUCGUUCUUGUUUUCUUUUCCUGUUCGAGAAUCCCUCAAAGCCAUGGCCUCUCUCGGUGAUACUUUCUUUGGUGAAUCUCUGGAUCCUCUGAGAAAUACUUCGAAGCUGUAGCUUAUCUUAUUCUUGGAUCCACUGAGGGCAUUGCUCUAUCUCUAGCCAGAAGCAAGGGUUCUUCACACUUGCACCCUUACCCCUUCAUCAGCAUUCUUCCAUUUGUUCUCUCUCUCCCUCUCUCCCUCCCUCCCUCCCUCCCUCCCUCUUUGUUCCAAACGGUUCUACUAGGACUCCACCGUUCCAACCGCGAAAUUGUCGGUAGCAUUAGUUAUUAUGUCUCCUCGUCUUCCCCGCAAAUUCAUACGGCCUUUCUAUUUCUCGAUGCUCAUCGACUCUCUCGAGUCCAAGUUCCCGCUCGUCACUUGUACUUACAUCCCAUCUCGUUUCCGAUAAGCCAAUCUUGCGUGGAUAAUCUGAUAAUAAGAAGAUUGUUAAUCGCAUCAUAAAUUAGUUUGAAUCUCCUUUAUUUUAUGCUUUAGGCUUGUUUUAAAUGUGCCGGGUUCUUAUUUUCCAGCUCCGGAGAAGAGGCAGAGAGUCCCCUCAGCUUACAACCGGUUCAUCAAGUGAGUAACCUUGACCGAGACGCGCUAGGUGAAGGCAAACUAGUAUUUCCCUCAUAUUUCUGAAAUCUGAUCGCUGUUUCCUUCUCCAGGGAGGAGAUCCAACGCAUCAAGGCCGAGAAUCCGGACAUCACCCAUAGGGAGGCCUUCAGCGCUGCGGCGAAGAAUGUAAUACAGUCCCUCUCGAAGCCUUAGGGUUUAGUGAUUUGCCCAUUUCCGUCUUCCUCAUCUUCCUUUACGUAAUUUCUUCUUCUUUAUCAGUGGGCUCACUUCCCUCACAUCCACUUCGGUUUGAUGUCCGAACCCGGUCUGAAGAAGAGCACCAUCCGCCAGCCGGUACAUCUCUUGUUCUCUCUCGCUCUCCCUCUCGUCUCCUCACCUCUGUCCCUGUCCUCUUCCUGCAAUCUUCUCACUAAAUGUUCUCAUUCCUCUGAGGAGACUAAGUUCCCAUUUUUUUGGCCUGUCUUCUGCUAGGAAGUAGGCGACGUUCUGCGCAAGGAGGGGUUCCACGCGGCGGCCGACAGCAUGGGGAUUACUCCUUUCUGA